GGAGGGCUCUUUCUGAGUUGCGCUGUUUGCUGUGUGGCGCUGUUCUCGGCUGUCCCCACUCACAAACUACAGACCCAACCUGCACCAAAGUCUGCACCCUCUCUCUCUCUUGUGAAGGAUUUGAGCCACAUUUCAAGAUGAACGACCAAGAAAGCAGCACCUCGGCCUCCCAGACAGAGGGAGAACUUGAGGGAGUGAUGGAUGGGAAAGGAGAAAGAGAUGAAAAACAGAGGGACUGUCCAGCCCCCAGUCUGUCCAACGUCUCCUCCUCUCUGCAAGCCAUCAUACGCAUCAAACAGAAGUACCAUGCCUUGAAGAAGCGGCGUCAGGAGAUGACCCUGGGGCUGGGAGGAGCAGGGAACUUCACAGGAGUUCCAGCACGAACCAGCCCAAAAUACUUCACCUUUGACAGACUCCCCCCGUCGUCCUCCGUCCCUCAGAGGAAGAAGAAGAGAAGGAGGAAGCCAGUGUUGUAUCCCAACACUAGGAGGUACAGAAACCAGCCAAAGCAGGAGCACAGCCUAGCCAAGCACUGCCUUUUCCUGCUCUGUGUCAUCGUCUUUCUCCAGGUGUAUAAUGCCAUAGAGAACCUAGAUGACCAUGUACUAAGAUAUGACCUGGAGGGGCUGGAGAAGACACUGAGGAGGGAGGUGUUUGGACAGCAGGGAGCAGUGGAGGGUCUGCUGUCCCAACUGAAGGACUACCUGUCCACCUAUGUCCACAAUAAGCCCCUGGUGGUGUCCGUGCAUGGCCCCAGUGGAGUGGGCAAGAGCCACCUGGGACGCCUCCUGGCUGCACACUUCCGCUCCGUGGUGGGGGAGACGCUGGUGCUGCAGUACUACGUUCUCCACCACUGCCCCCAGGAGGCCGAUGCCCUGCGGUGCGCCCACAACCUCUCCACUCUCAUCUCGGAGAUGGUGGAACAAGCCGAGGAGGAGGAGAAGAUCCCGCUCUUCAUCUUUGACGAGGCCGAGCACAUGCACGGUGAGCUCCUGGACGCACUGUGGCAUGUCGUGGUCUACAAACAGUCCAAUGAAUACCUCAAUGCUAUCUACCUGUUCCUGAGCAAUCUGGGUCACGAACACAUCACCAAACAUAUGCUAUACAACUCCUCAAGUACUUCUACGACGAUGACAGCAUCUGGUCGUCAUAGUAACCUUGUAAAAGAGCUGACUCCAAUAUUACGCAACAUUUUGGAGAAGCUUCACCCACUGUGGACAGAGGUGGACAUCUUGCCUCUGGGCCUUCUGGAGAAAGGUCACGUAAUGGAGUGCUUCCUGGAUGAAAUGACUCGCGAGGGGUUCUACCCGGAUCAUACCAACAUAGAGCGCCUCGCAGGGGAGAUUGAAUAUUACCCUGCUGUAGGGGGUUACGAAUACUGUCAGACAGGCUGCAAGCAAGUGGUGGCUAAGGUCAACCUGUUGUGAAAUGCUCUGAAGGAAAUGUUUGCAUGCUUCACGUUCUUUAAACAUGAAGAAACAGUGCAUGGUGUUAUGAAACUUGAAUGACACAACUCAGAGCCUCAGAGAAAAAAAAGAGUGAAGGACAUUCAUUACGGGUCAUUUUUUUUGUUAUCACAUGUAAAAACAAGAACCUGAUGCACAUUAGGGAAUGAGGGCGAUCAAUAGUCAUUCAAUUACAAUGGGAAGUUGAUGUAUUUGUAAUACAACAGUCACUAUCCUUCAGUUCAGGGCGUUCAGAGGAAGUCCUUUUUUUCCUGAAUGCAGCGCCACUUGUAUUAAUGCUAGUGCAAGUCAGCAGGUAGCGUGCAUAUUUCUGCAAAGAUCUACGACACAUGCACCUGUGGAUUCACUUAAAUAUACAGUAUAAGAACUGCAAUAUGUAAGUAAUUGAUUCUGCCUUGGACCGGCAGAUGGGAAGCAGCUGGUGGGUUAUCAUCAGAUUUAGCUGGAGUGAUUUUUAGGUAGAAGUAGGAUGCGUCGUCUUCUCCUCGUCUGAGAAUAUGUGGUCCCGAACAGGUUUAUUUAUUUUUUUUAAAAAAAAGGUGUUUUUCCAUUGAUAUGCUCCAUGUUCAUGUUCAAAGAAAUGAACUGUAAGUCAGCGCAGAUUUGUGCUAGCAUUAGGAUUUAAUUUUUACUUGAUGGAUGUGUUGGUGUCCUGUGUUCAGGUAUCUUUCAGUCCAAAUAUUUCUUAUAUAAAUGUAAAUGUGUAGUGAAUGCCU